UUGAAAGCUUGAUUGUGAUGCUGAAGGGAUUGACGCUGGAUGAUAUAUGGCUAUCCCAAAAAUCAAUCUAUUACGGGGACCAGGUCGCGUCAAAAUAGUAUUCUCCGUGUUCUGACAACGCGACUUGGAAUUUUUGACUCCAGAAUUUAUGCCCCUCAAAGUAAACAACUUUAUUUUAAAAACAUCAGAUACUCACCAGAUACCCACCAUUCCUUCGAUAAUAAUACAAAAUGGCGUCCGGAAUGAUGUCUGAUGCCGCUACACCAGACUUUGGAAAUUCUUCAAGAGCUGGAACUCCUAGAGCUCGUAGGCAUAGGGGUUCUUCAGCAUCAGGUAGACCACGAGGUCCUCCAUCUGAGAGUGCCGGUGCUAUGAGUGAUGAUGAAGGAUUCGCAGAUGAUGCUAUUCCACAAAAUACCAAUCGUCCAAGGAAGAGUGAUAGACCAAUUCCAAGAGUGGAGGAUGCAAUUGGGCAAUAUGUUCAACUUACGUUUGAGGAAUUCCUUGAGUCGUGAGUUUUGUCCUUGUUGGACUCUCGCAUAUCUAUCUAAUGCCUUUACAGAUAUAUCGAAGAUCCAACACUUUCUGGUGCAACUCCUUCGUCCGCCGUGACCACAGAUAAAUAUUACAUUGCGCAAAUUCAUGGGCUGAAAGCAUAUCAGCUCUCUACUUUAUACGUCGAUUACACGCAUCUCUCUUCAUACAAAGGAGGCGCAUUGGCAGAGGGUAUUGUGGAAGAAUACUACAGAUUCCUACCAUUCCUUACGAAAGCUCUGCAUAACAUGAUCGCCAAAUAUGAACCAAGAUACUUUCGAGAUCAUCGUCAACCUACCGCAUCAAGCAAUCAAACUUCAUCUGGGGCGAGUAAUGCUGCAUCUGCAAGUCAAUCCGACUUUCAAGGAGAUAAAACCACAAAUCAACAAACCGAUAAAUUAUUUGCGCUAGCAUUUUACAAUCUACCCCUUGUUACUCGUGUUCGACAUUUAAGAACUGCGAACAUUGGACAACUUCUUUCGAUUUCUGGUACCGUUACGAGAACUUCAGAAGUCCGACCUGAACUUUCUUUGGCUACUUUCAUAUGUGAAAAUUGUAAGAACGUUGUACCAAAUGUCGAACAAACUUUCAGAUAUACCGAACCUACACAAUGUCCGAAUUUAGAGUGUAAUAAUCGUCAAGCAUGGAGAUUGGAUAUUAGACAGAGUACAUUUGUGGAUUGGCAAAAAGUUCGUGUGCAGGAGAAUAGUUCUGAAAUCCCUACAGGAAGUAUGCCAAGAACUAUGGAUGUUAUACUUCGUGGAGAAAUCGUCGAUCGUGCUAAAGCCGGUGAGAAGUGUAUCUUUACGGGAGCUCUAAUUGUUGUGCCUGAUGUUAGUCAACUUGGUUUACCUGGUGUUAGACCAAUGGCUAUUAGAGAUACACAAAAUCGUAGUGGAGAUGCAAGCGGUGUUACUGGAUUGAAAGCACUUGGUGUUAGAGAUCUUACAUACAGACUGGCUUUCUUGUCAUGCAUGGUUACACCUGAUACAUCCACUCAAGGAGCAGCAGCAAAUCAACAACUUAACGGGCAAUCCAAUAACAUCCUUGCAUCUCUCAAUCAAACCGCUCCUAUUGAUCCUAAUGAGCCUGGAGAUCAUGCUCAAGAAGCUGUCCUUGCAUCCAUGACGCAUGCCGAAAUUGAAGAUCUCAAAGAAAUGGUUCAUUCAGAUCACAUUUACUCACGUCUGGUCAAUUCUCUCGCUCCUAUGGUUUACGGACAUGAAAUCGUCAAGAAAGGUCUUCUCCUUCAACUCAUGUCAGGUGUUUCCAAAGUUACCCCGGAAGGAAUGCAACUUAGAGGUGAUAUCAAUAUCUGUAUCGUUGGUGACCCUUCUACCUCGAAAUCCCAAUUCCUCAAAUAUAUCUGCUCUUUCCUUCCUCGGGCUGUCUACACAUCUGGAAAAGCCUCUUCAGCUGCAGGACUCACAGCAGCUGUAGUUAAAGAUGAAGAAACUGGAGAAUUUACCAUUGAAGCUGGAGCACUCAUGUUAGCAGAUAAUGGUAUUUGUGCCAUUGAUGAAUUUGAUAAGAUGGAUAUCAGUGAUCAAGUCGCCAUUCACGAAGCUAUGGAACAACAGACUAUUUCCAUCGCAAAAGCAGGUAUCCAAGCUACCCUGAAUGCUCGGACUUCGAUUCUCGCUGCUGCAAACCCUGUCGGAGGAAGAUACAACAGAAAGACGACAUUGAGAGCUAACAUCAAUAUGAGCGCUCCUAUUAUGUCACGUUUCGAUUUGUUCUUUGUUAUUUUGGAUGAGUGUAAUGAGACGGUGGAUCGUCAUCUAGCAGAGCAUAUUGUAGGAAUCCAUCAACUACGUGACGAAGCAGUACAACCAGAAUUCACAACCGAACAACUUCAACGUUACAUUCGAUUCGCCAAAACUUUCAAACCGCAAUUUACAGAUGAGGCUAAGGAAUUACUGGUUCAAAAGUACAAGGAACUGAGAAAUGAUGAUGCUCAAGGGGGAGUCGGUAGAAAUAGUUAUCGGAUUACGGUUAGACAAUUGGAGAGUAUGAUCCGAUUAAGUGAGGCUAUUGCGAAGGCGAAUUGUGUUGAGGAAAUUACCGAGCCGAUGGUGGUUGAAGCCUUUAAUCUUUUGAGGCAGAGUAUUAUUAGUGUGGAGAAAGAUGAUGUUGAGGUUGAUGAUGAUGAUGAAGACGUUCCUGCUCCAGCUGCGGAUGGUGAUGCAGAUGAUGCUAUGGACGAAGAUACUCAGGAGGCCAAUGAAAGUGUACCACCUGCUGAAGGAGAUGGAAAACAGAAGACAAAAAUUACCUACGACAAGUAUAUUGGAGUUGUAAACCUAUUGGUUAGAAGAAUAAAUGAAGAUGAGUUGGGUAGUGGUGAGGGAGUGGAAGGAGAGAAGUUGAUAGAAUGGUAUUUGGAGCAGGUGGAGGAUGAACUGGCUGAUGAAGAGGCUUAUCAUGAAGAAAUGAAGUUGUGCAAGAAGAUUAUUAAGAGGAUGCUUAAGGUUCGUUUCUUUUCCCCGUCUCGACCCCUUUUCCGGGUUAGGUCGUGCAAUGUUCUAUGGAUAUGACAACUAACAUUUGACUCUGUAGGAAAAUAUCUUAAUGGCAAUCCGUGGUCAAGGAUUAGUCGAUCAGGAUAACACUAAUGGAGAAGGAAGUUCGAGAUCAGAGGAAUCUGUUGUUUAUGUAUUACAUCCUAAUUGUGCAGUGGAAGAAUAUUAAGUUUUAGUUUCUGGUAUGGGAGAAACAUGCCAUGCUAUGUCAUGGUGCAUAUGAAGGCGUUAUGGAAGAACAUUUUAGUGUGGUGAUAGCAUAUGAAUGAACGGAUAGUUAAGGUUAUGUUUAGAUGAAAGAAUGAAGGAGGGGAAAUAUACAUUUUUCCCGUUUAUUGAUUAUUCAUUCUUGUUUCUAUCGAUAUAUAUCCCCGUGUUUCCCAAUACUUGUCCCUCAAUUCCCGAUGCGCUCUUCUGCGGAUUCACAAACACCAUUAUCCAAAUAGUAUAUUUAUCGUCUCAACCAUAAACAUCUCUCACAACCGCAAUUAACCUCCUAGCCACCUCUUCCGAAAAAAUCGCAAUUCCCACCUCCUGACUCGUAACCCAACUCGCACGA